AUGGCUUUCCCCGCGCUCGGUUUCGGCAGCACGUUGCUGAUGCUGGGACUCGUGCUGGUCCUGAUGCCCACCAAGGUAGCUGCUUUCGGUGCUGGCAACAUUCCCUCCAUCGCCCAGGUCGAGGGCACCAACUGGCGCCACGGCGACAUCGAGGACAUGCUCAAGACCCUCGCCUUCCUGCACGGCAAGAAGUGGUCCACGCUGAUGGUCCAGCGCACUUAUUUCGGCAACUGGCUCCGCGACUAUUCCCAGGCUGUCGAUGUUGGCAGUUUAAAGGGCGUCAACGCUGCCACCAUCCGCGUCCUGGUCUGGGUCCUGUCCUUCCUCGCCAAUGGAUAUGCCACCGAGGAGUUUGAGGUUACCGAAGAGCGCCUCGGAGUCUACCGUCCCGAGGAGCACAUUGACAACCCUCUGGGCUACGCCGACGGCAAGGAUGCCAGAACCUUCGAUCCGCGGCUCAGAGGGCCUGUCAUGCCCGUCGAGACCGAGAUUGACCCCAACACUGGCAUGAAGAACUACAUCGCCAAUGAACACGGCAACUGGGCGACUAGCGCAGGCUACCUCCGAUUCAGCCUGGGACGCAGCAUUCACUUUGGCAGACUCUACACCCACGGCUCCCAGGGCAGUGGCAAGGAGGAGGAUCUCUGCGAAGCUUUGAGGUGUCUCGGCCAGUCGCUCCACUGCAUGGAGGAUUUCAGUGCUCACAGCAAUUACUGCGAGCUAGCACUGCGCGAACUUGGCUACCACGGUGUCUUCCCUCAUUGCGGAACUGGCUCCGAGAUCAACCUCCGCGGCCGCCGCGUAUACCCUCUCGUAACGGGCACCUUCGGUGGAGUUGACUUUCUACAUUCCGUUUUGGGCGAAGCCAACGACCACUUCACCCAGUCCGAGGUAGACGAGCUAGACAUUGCCCUGAAGAACGCGGAGAAGAGUAGCAGCAGCGGCGGUGGUGGUAGUCGAGGAUUUGGAUUUGGCGGUAGUGGUGGCACAGACUUCAUCGGGCUCGUCAGCAAGCUGCCCGGCAUUGGAGGCGGCAUGGCUUCAGAAGCGGCGGACCUCAAACGCAUGGCAGCGGACCAGGAACGACAGAACGAGCAGAGUGGUGCCUACUCUGGCGCACGUGGAAAUACUAACUUUGUGCCAGGUAUGAGUGAGAAUUUUGACCCUGUCAAGGUCUCAAGACAGAUCUAUCCUAUCCUGCAGUUCCGGGACAAAAUCGUCAAGUCCAUCAACAGAGGCAUUGCAAAAAUCCCAGGUCUGGAGAGCUUGCUCGAACAUAUUAGCGAGACGUUGACGGCAUUUGUCCUGGGUUUGCUGGCCCCUUUCAUUAGGCCAAUCAUCGACGCCGUCACCAAGGCUCUGAAGGAGGGUUCAUCUGAAGUGAUCAAUUCCAGCGCGAAUUCGCAACUGGAACCGUGGAAGAACCCCCACUGCACCGAUCCAACGCACUCAAUGCUCUCCAAGGAUCACUUUACGAAUGUCCUUAACUCUUGUGCCGGAAGAGUUGCAUCGACCGUUCUCCAAUACGCUGUACCACGAGUCUUGUAUGCUUGGGACAACCCUAGUGUGCCAGUGGAUGAGGUGGUUAAUGACCUUCUCCGUGCCUUCCAUCACCCUGCUAUCCGGGACGAGCACGUCGAGAUUCAGAAGAGCAUGUUCAACACGGUACGCCAGUGGGCUGACGAGUACCCGCGCCGUCAUGAGAUCAACCAUAUUCUGGGUUCGGAGUCAGUCAAAAAUGGAAAGAACCACCCGACCGCAGGUCAGGGCGACCGCCAAGUGCAUUCCCAUGGCGGUGGUAUCUUUGACGGCGGGAUGCUUGAGCAACUGGGUCACGGUAGACCGAAGGGCUCGUUAUGGUCACAGUGUGCCACACGGGACAUGGACGCCAUGGGUGCUGGCUCGGGUGCUCAGCCAGGGUCAAAUUAUUCGAGCCGCCCGAGCUCAUCCCACAUACCUCAGCCGCACCAGGGCGGCUACGGAUACCAUCAGCAUCAGCAGCCACCCCAAGGCGGUGAUGGGCACCUUGCACCGUAUUCUGGCUACGGCGGCCAGCCACCUGCGCAAUAUGAGGCAGGUAGUCAGGGCGGAUAUCAACAGUACCCACAACAGGGAUACGGCGGAUCACCUGCUCCUCAAGGCGAGGGGGCUGGCUACUAUGGCUCGGCACAGCAACAACCACAGCAGGGAUACCCGGGUCAGGGCCAAGGCUACUACGGAGGUCCGCCGCCCCCUCAUCAGCCGCAGUAUCAGGGAGGCUACCCGCCGUAUGGAGGACAGCAAGGAGGUGGGUAUGGAAACCCGCCGUACCCGUCAUACUAG